UUGCAGAAUAAAAUGAACAGGACUGUUUAUAUGAGUCAGAAUAGAACAGUAAGCCCAUUUGUACGAACACAAAUGAAGAAAGCUAAUAUUCCAGUGAGUUCAUUAUACUUAAGGAAUGCAAGAACGCAGUUUAAAUAGCAGGACCUAAAAACACGAUGAUGCGGAGACUGAUCACUCGGCUUGGUAGGAAGUUUUGCAAAUAACCAGGGGAUAAUCAUUGAAGAAGAUGGUAAAUUCUACAGCAAGAGGCUUGACUUAGUAGAGGAGACUCCUCGGUUUAACAAGUUUGACAGGACACCUGAUAAAAGUAUUGAAAAAAUCAUCACUUCUAAAUAUCAAAACACCACUGCAAAAACUAGCGGUCUGAAUAUUUCUGAAGAUGUUGUCAAUAAACAGUUUUAUGAAAACUUCACCGUUAUGGUCAGGAAUACUUCCAGUAUCAAUACAGUUGAGAGGACUAGAGCAAAUAUAUGUUACAAAACUACAGAAACAAAGAAAGAAGAGCCUAUUGAGGUUGAAGAUAUUGAAGAAAGUUCGAACGAUUCUUUACUCGAAGAAUUUAAUUACGAGGCAGAAGAAGAAAAGCCUCCCCCAAAGAAAAUGGGGUUCAAGCUCUUCAGAUGUGCUAAAAUAGCUAAUAAGAAGAAGCAGAGUUCGGACUUGGUGAUCUCUCCUGCACGUCUUCAAUCACCUAAUCUUGAUAAAUACAUUCGGAGAAGAAUUAGAGGACAUGUUAAGUUUAAAGAGCAACUAAAGCGCAAGGAUUUCAUUGAGCAAUCUAAUUGAAAGAUUCAUGACAUCAGACUUGAGAGUACCCCUCAAUUUCGUAGUGAUACUAACUUCCUUGAUUUUUCUAAGACAUUACCAAGAGAUAAUUCAGAUUUUGGAAGGAAGAAAAUUACAAAGGAUAGAUCAAAUGAACUUAGUAUUUAUGAAGAAGAUCGCAGAUUUAUCUCAAACAAGCGAAUUCCAGGACCAGACUUUGGAAAAGUAGUUGGAAGGGAUAAGCAUAAUCUGUUUAUGCCCUUUUCUAAUGUUAAGAAAGAUUACCUUGAAGAUCUUCUAGCAAAGAUUGAGAUGAAAUAAGAGUCGAGAAGAUUCAGGGCCAAAGAAAUCUUUGUUCAAGCCAAAGCGAGUGAGACAAAACUUGAUAACUUUGCAUAAAGUGAAGGAAGAGGAAAAUAGUCAGAACAAGAAGGUUCAAAUUGCUAAAAAGCAGGGAAACCCCACUUCAAAUUUUGUGGAACUCUUAGUAGAUAAAGGGUACUUAGACAUCGGUACAAAGGCAAAAUCAAGGUAUAAGAACAGCACAAUCCUUACCGGAUCUUAUCGAACUUUAGUAGAUAAAAUAGUUGGGUCUAACAAUUUGAAAUCAGAGAUAACUAAAUAAUUUUAUUGGAUAAUCAUAUUCAAUUUGA